AUGAAGGUAGACCAACUUAAAUAUAUAGAUAGCAUGCAGUUCAUGAAUAGUAGCUUGGCCAGUCUUACAAAAAAUUUGGGUGAUAACCACCUAAUAACAAGCCAAUAUUUCAAAAAAUUAAGUUAUACAAAAGAGCAAUUAGUAUUAGUAUAUUGCAAAGGAGUUUAUUCUUAUGACUAUAUUGAUUCUCAUUGUAGGUUUCAGGAUACAGAACUUUCUCCUAUUCAUGAAUUUAAUAGUACUCUUAAAGAUAAGAUCUCACAAGAUGACUACAAACAUGCCCAGAAAGUAUGGAAGAAAUUCAGAUAUAAAAAUCUAGGUGAAUACCAUGAUCUUUAUCUUAAAACUGAUGUACUUAGUCUAGCAGAUGUCUGGACAGAAUUUCGAAAAAUGUCUAUGGAAUAUUAUAAACUUGAUCCCAGUCACUAUGUUUCUGCCCAUCACUAUUCUGGGAUGAAAUGCUUAAAAUGA